GGGAAAUCCUGUAGUCUGAUAUUAAUACUGACGUUGAACUACAAAUCCCAGCGUGUUUCUGUUUUGCUAUUUAUAGCAUCAUCCGUGUAUUUCACCGCUCGGUUAACACGGUCUGAAAGAAGGUUCAGAGUGACUGUGUACUAAAUGAUGGAUGAUAACGCGGAUGAGACGACUCCUACGGUCAUGGAGACCAUCUCUUUCUCUCAGGUGGUUUUUAACGAUGUCCCUCCAUCAUAUCCGCCAAACACAGCAGUUACCUGCCGUUACACGAUCACUGGUGGUCUGCAGCCCAACCCGAGGGACUGGAUCGGCAUCUUCAAGGUUGGCUGGCAGUCAACCCAGGGAUAUUAUAAUUAUGAAUGGGUGCAACCCUGCCUGGACCAAGUCGGACCUGAAACGCUCAUGCAAGUGGUUUUCAAAGAGAGCUACGUACCUAAAGAUGAUGGGGAGUUUUACCAGUUCUGCUAUGUGGAUAGCAAUGGUCAUGUCAAAGGAGCCAGCACUCCAUUCUGCUUUCGAAACCCAGCAGAAACAAGUCUUGAUUCCAGCUUGGAGAAGGACCUCUUAGUUGUAACAACACAGGAGCAGGUACAAAUGAUGGCAAAGGAGAAAGAGGACUUUGUGAAAGAGAUUGAAUGCUUAAAAGAAGAAAAUACGAUCCUGAAAAAUGAGCUGGAAGACAGACUGCAUGAACUUUGCCGUAUAAGGAACUGCCUAGAUGAGUUGAAGUCAAAAGAAAAUUUGGAAACGUCUCCGUCAGAUGUACAGAAUUAUAACACCACCGAACAGUCUGCUUAUCUACAGUCACUGACCACUUACAAUGAAAACUAUGAAAAAGCUAUUCAAAAGAUCAACGCGCUUAAGAAGGAAAAGACUGAGUUACAGCAACAGACUGAUGUCCAGUUCGCAGAAAAUCUCAGUUUAAAAACCUGCCUAAAUGAAAUGGAGCACAAUUACAACAAACUGCAGGAUCGUGUCAAGUUGCUAGAGGUGGAUGUGCAAAGCAGCAAGAAAAACAAUGAGAAACUGCAUGCGGAGAUCGAGGAGCUUCUCCGGGUGAAAAAGGCUCUAGAAGACCAGAGAGAAGAAAACAGAGCAUUACAAGCAUCAAUGCCAGGGCAAGGCGGAGAUGAUAAUAAAGUACAGAUUCAGGCCUUGCUCACCCAGCUGACUGAAUCCAGAGGGCUGCUGCGCAGUGAAAUGCAGAAUUGCAAAGAAGCCACAAAACGUGCAGAAAUUGCAGAGCAGGAAUUGAAGGAAGAGAAAAAGAAACUGGCAGAGAUGGCUGUGAAUAAAGUCGAUGGUGAAAAAUACCAUCAGAUCCAGACACAGCUCCAGGAGGCCCAGGACAAAGUUUAUGAACUUGCAGAGGAAUCAAAAUCAUACAAACAGAAGUUUCUUGAACAGAAUGAGGAACUUAAUGCAGAAAUAGUUAGACUGCGCAAGGCAGUGUUUGACUACCAGAUGGCGGCUGUGGCAUCUAUGUCUGAUCAACUCACCAACCCUCAUAGCCCACCUGCUUCCACCAACACCCAAGAGCAAACACACCCACCUGAUUCUAACGUCUAUGAGAACAUUGAUGACUUGGCUGGAGAUCAAUCAAGAGUAGAGAACAAGAUGAGGGUGUGCCAGCACUGCCAGGAAAGCUUUCCUGAUAUCAGCGAGGAUGAACUCGCACUACAUGAGCUGGCCCACAAAGUGUGUCCAUUCUGCACUCUCAUCUGUGAUGACAUGGCACAGCAACAGUUUGAAGAUCACGUCUAUAGUCAUGAGUUAUAAUCAAUGCACAUUUGACUGUAUCUUUAAUAUCUUUAGGCACAUAUGGUGGCACUGGCAAGGUACUGAAUGGUCCAGGAUUUUGUAGAUGUAUAUCAUUUGUCUUUCAUUAUUAGCUAACUAUUAUUAGAUCUGUGUUGAAAUGUUCAUGCAUGACUUUUAUUCUAUCAUGACUGUUACAGCAAAAACCCAACUUAGUUCAUAGCUGUUUUUCUUUUCUUGAACAUUUCAUCUCCAUUUAUUUAUUAGUAAGUAGCCAGGUAAUAAGUGAGAUAAUGUACUCCCUCAGCUAGUCAUUAUCACAAAAUAAACUCUCUAAUGGUGA